AUGGUGAACGACAAAAUCCUUCUGCGUCGAGCUUCCGAACGCAACAGAGGCCUCAAUUGUGAAUUUGACCCCUCGGACCCUCUUGGACAGAAGCGGAUGGGCGGCAUGAAUAUCCAUCUUCGAAUCAUUUUUAGCGAUGGAACGGCCUGGCUUGCUCGAAUACUCCGGCAAAACUACACCUCAUUCUCAGACGACUUUAGCAAUCUCUGUUUAAAGAGCGAAUGCGCCACUUUGAAAUGGCUCGAGGAUAUUAACGUGCCAUCGCCUAAACUCUACGACUUCGGUCUGCGCAAUGACCCCGAGAAUGAGGUUGGGGUUGCGUAUAUGUUGAUAGAGGAACUCCCCGGGACACCUUUACUUCUCCUUAGUCCAUCAGAGGAGCAGUUGCGCAAACUGUACAAUAGUUACGCCGACAUCUUGUACACUCUCUAUAAGUACCCCAUUGACCAAAUCGGUGCUCUCUCUUUACAACCAAAUGGUACUAUCUGCAUAGGCCCCAUCGUAGGCGAUCGCUCAGGUACAUUUUCGCAGAUGGGACCUUUCAGCAACGCACGAGAAUACUACACGACAUGGGCAGAGAAAUAUCUCGAGAUGAUCUGCGACCACCAGCUUUUCACUCGAUACUCUGUCAAUGCCUACCUCAUCUUCAAAUACCUCAAGGAACUGGCAGAACAAGGCCAGUGGAAUGGAUUUGAAUCGAGUAUCGACAAUGGCCCCUUCUUCUUAAAACACAUGGAUGACAAAGGCGACCAUAUACUUGUGGAUGAGGAUUAUAAUGUCACUGGUAUUAUCGACUGGACGUUUGCUAGGGCGGUGCCGAUGUAUGAGGCAUUUGGUCCUUCACUGUUGACAGCAGAUAUGAACGAUAUUUACCAAGGCAAGGCUGGGCGAUCCCCGGGUGACAGAAUCCUGGCCGAGGCUAUACAGACCAAGGACAAGACUUUGGCUCUCUUUGUCGGUGGCCCUGACCUGGUUCGCCGCUUCUCCUUUGCUCUCGGAAUGGGCAUGGACAUGCCUUGGAAUGAAGCAGUUGAUUUGUUCCAAGGCAUUAUAUCUACGGCUGAAGGUAUCGGUUUAGAGUUUGACUGGGAUGUCUGGUGUCAAAAUCGUAUAGCUCAGUGGGCUGGUGAUGGGAGGUUGCAAGCCCUUCUACUUGAAUUGGGAGAAGCCUAG